CGGCGACCUGUGCACUACGCUGCGGAGGGCGGCAAGUGCAAAAUCAUCCGGCUGCUUGCGGAGGAGCAUUCGGUUGACGUCAACGCUCGCACCAGAGACGGCAGGACACCCCUGCACAUCGCCGCUGCGGGCCAUAGCGCGGCGUGCGUGAAGGAGCUGGCGCGGCUCGGGGCGGACGUGCACGCGCGCGACCACCGCCAGAUGACUCCGCUUCACGUGGCGGCUGCGCACGGCCGCGCCGAGGUGCUGCGCGAGCUGCUGCGCCUGGGCGCGCGCACGGAUCUGCGCGCGCAGAACGACAUCACGCCGCUCAUGAUCGCGGCAGGAGCAUAUGUCGAUGCUUUAACGCGACUGGGCUAUUUAGCUCUACAAGAGUCAAGGUGUUACAUAUCAGACUCCGAGCCAGAGGAAGGAAUUGAAUUUUGAAGAGAUUCCUGCGAUUGCACAUGUUUCAUUCCUUUCUCGGUUUGCAUGCAUUUUCAUAUAAGCAAUUUUAUAAUUAAAUUCUAAAUUGAAAAUCAUUUGAUUUGUAUUGAACUAUUAUCAUUCAUGAAAAAAGGUGCACACCUGGUAAAUUGUAAAAAUUUGCUUACGACAAGAUCAAUAUUGUGAUUCAUUAUUUCUGCUCCAUUCGUUUAGAUACGUUUUUCAUAUUUUUCAACAUUUCACUCCUAGUUUUAUACAUCUCUUCAUAGUAUAGUAGAAUGUGUAUAAGGUGGAAAUUAUUCAUUAUUUUGUGAUUAUUUUUAAAAUAAUUAUUUUACAUUUUGCUGCUUCGGAAAUAAGACCUGGUAAAAUUGUAUGCAAAGACCUCGUAAACUGUAAAAUUUUCUUCUGACAACAGCAUUUUUUAUUGCUGCUUUUGUGAAUUAAUGUAACGUUUAUAUGUACCUCGACAUUUUAUUAUAAUUAUUUUAUUAUUUU